AUGAGCAGAACGGCCAUGUGGUUAGAAUUCGCAGACGACAAGGAUGACUACUUGUUACCCCCACCAUAUAAUGUUCUGCAUAUUCCAAUCAGCUAUUUUCGCAAGAAGGUAUAUGUAAUAUACGCAAUCCAGAUUCACUUUAUCUAUAUGUGUCCUGCAUGCGGUACCGCACGCUCAGAAAUAACCUGACACUGCGGUUGCGAAUAAUUUAACGACGCAAGUGGCGAUAAAUGGUGUGAGUUGCGCCAAAUCGUGAAAAAAUGAUCCGGCUCAUUAAAAUUUUUGUGCUUGUUCUGAAAAACUGAAACGACCCGUUUGGCGCGACGAAACUUACCGCAGCUUUAUUUUCGGUUUCCUUUCAACCUCGGCCGUCUUUCUUUCCGAAUUUGUAACGAGGAAGCUCAUGUGGUGAGUAUAUUUUUGGUGCGAUUUAAUUAAGCACGAAAAACGAUUUUUCACAGUUGGUUUGCGUUAGAGAAAGAUUUAAACCUAUAGAUAUACAUGCAGGUGUAUAAAAAAAAAGUUAAUAGAACUUCAGCGCGCUAUUGUAUCUGAAUUACUCUGCGUAUGAACGAGAUUUUUUCAUAUUCGGAAAGAUCAUGCUUUUAGCUGUUGAAUAAUAUCUUGUUCAUGCCAUAUGGAUAAAAAAUGAGCAAAUACGAAUCCGAUAAAAAUGUUAGUCAGAAUCGCAUAUUUUCACCGUUGAGAGUUGGUUCUAAAACCAUUGAAAACUGAACCCCCUUUGGUACUUAAGUUGAUGAAUUUCACUUCAAUAAACGACGCACAUAUUCAUAAGUAGGAAUGAAUCUUAGUUAAGCCACGACACGUUCGUGAUUAAUUGCCUUUUCUUGUGCUAUGCAUUGUUUUAAUUUGGCAUAGAGGUGAAAAUAUGCGAUUUUGACUAACAUUUUUAAUCGGCCUCGUACAUGCUUAUUUUUUCGCCACUUGGCAUAAAAAGCAUGUCAUUCAAUAGCUAAAAUGUGUAUUGAAUAUGAAAACCAAUUGUUCAUACACCGAGUAAUUCACGUAUAAUAACGCGCUGAAGUUCGAUUACCUUUUUUUGAUACACCCUGCAUAUAUAUAGCAUCGCCAUCGCUUGCUUUUAUCUGACGUGACUGUACCCUGUUGAUUGCCAUCUUGCCCAUGACAAGAAAAUUGAAAAAUGUUUAAUGCGAUUCCAAGCUUGGCCGGACAGUCAUAAGUUCCUUUCUAACCAUGCAUACAUCCUUUUGCGCACCAAGUAUGAAGUAUCGAAGGAAUUAAAGCGCAAUGGGAAUUGGUCGCAAGAACCAAGCCAGCGUUCUCCAUUCGGUUCGUGAGAACAAGAAUUGAUGUUUAAUUUAAAUUGGAAAUUUUACUUUUUUGAAGUCAUUACAAAACUUUUCAGUUUUAUGAUUAGCAAAUUCAUUUCAGAUCUAUUUGUUCUAUAAAAUAUAAAAAUAUUUAAAUAUUCUCGUCAGAUUUAUUAGACUCCCAUUUUAAAGACAUACGACAAAUUUGCAUGGCAGAAGCAGAAAACGUCUGCUUUGCAUGGGAAAAAUAAAGAUCAUGGCCCGCAUUCAUGGGGAAACUAACAACAAACUGUUAUGCUAAUGUUUGCUAUAGUGGAAAGAAAGGAAAGUGGAUCCAGAAAGAAAGAAGGAUCCAGAGAAGAUAGAAAUGAAUGAUAUUGAUAACGAUGAUGGGAACAAAAAGGUAAAACGUUUACCUGUACAGGAAAUAGUUAUACUGCAUUCAAUCUUUAAUUUACAGUCCUAUACGAGUGUUCGACAUGUAAAACCUAGGGGAUACAGGUUUAAGUAAUGGCGAAAAGUAACCGUGACGUUGUAAUUCGGACGUUGCAUGCAUAACAGAGACCUGAGGGUAAGAUCGACGCCGCUUGAUCUUGCGAAGGCGAACAGUGCAACUUACAGGUCAAUCAACAUUCAAGUAUGCUGGUGCAAAGAGUAAGAUUCGUACUCUUUACCUUUAGAAACAUUAGAGAAAUGAUAUCCUUCUCAAAAUUUAAACGUAUACGUUUAUACGCAUCUUUAGAACUCGACAUGGUCUGAUAUUUGGAGUGUAUAGGACUAUGUUUAAAUUGUAUAUUAUAACGUUCAUAAUUGUAUAAUCACUGCAUGCUGUCCCGUUAAUACCAGCAGCAUUGCUGAUAGGGUUUUAAACAGUUUCAUAAAGUCUUUAUUAUUAUGAAUCUUGAAGAAGACCAUGAGAGUCACGAGAGAACUGACUACAAGUCUGCAGGUGGAGGUCGAGUUUUUAAGCACAUGCAGACAGUCAGAAAGUUUACGUGGAAUUGAAACAUUUCCAAUGUGAUCUGAAAAAUUUAGAAUUUUCAGAUAAAUAUCAUUUGUGAAAAUAAAUUUCAUAUGCGAGAAAUGGAUUUUGACCACAAGACCGCAGAAGCAAAAACAAUUCAAUCGUUUUUGAUACGUUAUUUUGCAUUUUUCCAGUAACCUGAUAUAGGUGUAUUUACAAUUAAGUUGUCAUAAUGCUUACAGUAUGCGUCACGUUGAAGACAUCAUAUUACCUACUUCCCAAAUUAAAAAAAAAACACACAAAAAACCCCGAAAAAUAAAAGGCCGAAAAUAUUCUUCAGCUCACAACUAGACGCAUUAUAACAUAUGUUAGUUAAGAAAUAAUGCCUCGUGAGAAGGCGGGGGGGGGGGGAGGCUAUUUCACCGAGUAUAAUCAAUUAGUUCGAUUACGCAAAGAAUAUAUAGUACGAAUACUUUAAGCCAUGUAAUAUGAAUGAAGUAUUGAGAAUAUUUUAUGCCUAUGUACUUGCCUCGUUACCAGGCGCUAAUAAAAAAAAUUCAUGAGAGUCAUGAAGUAGUGCAUCGCGACACACAAGCGCAGGGGUUUAUGGAACGCUCAUAUCCCAUUCCCCUUUGCGCGCCUAUAAUGUGACGCACGCGACUUCAUGUAAACCUUUUAUAUAGUGACUCGUAUGUGAAAUCGUUUUAAAGCGCCUGGGGACGAGGCAGCCUAUGUACGCUAUGUUGUGAAAUCCAGAAAAAGCACUUCAAAAUUGUUUACAUGUACAUAUUACCAACACAUAUUACAGUACCCAUUUCCGAAACCGGAACGGCCAUCUUAAAUCGCUCUAUGCUGCGUGGUGUUUGGCAGAUAUACUCCAGAUUGUUACAAUAAAAAAGGAUCCCUAUUUUUAGACUCGUGUGGCAAAGGAAUGGCACGAGUAAUUAAUACUUCCAUGUUUAGCAGAUCAUUUAUUACUUAGGUCAAAUUACAAAAGCAUUCAUCUUUUGUCAUAUUUUGCUCAAAAUCCUGAAAAUGCCCGUUUUUCUUACAGCUUAAGAAUCUGGAUCGUAAAAGAAUUAUCCUUCAAGACAUAGCUCUUCGUUAUCUGGAAAAGAAAACUAAGGAAUCGGAAGAGGUAUGUAAAUUAAUAUCAUUAUGUAAAAUCGCGCUGAUCCCUAUUGGUUGACGCUUCUCAAUUGGUGUGCAACCGUAUAAAAUACUGCAGAGUUCUUAUUGGUUGUUAGUUGAGAAAAUAUAUGCUGAAUAAAUAGUAAAUCUGGAUAAAAUUUAUAUGUCACAGAUAUAUGUCUCGUGCAUUUUCGUAUUAGUUCUGUCAAAUUCAAUACGAUAGAAUAUUUGAAUUUUAUACAACUCGCUUGAUCGCGGUAAAUUGAUAUUAACGCGCAACGAUAGCCACAUGGUUACGUUUUCCUGUAAGUAAACUUUCGAAGGGAAGCAUACCUAAUUUUAGUGUGUAGUGAUAACCAAUUUGUGCAGUGAUAAAAGUAAAUGUGCAGUGAUAAAUUGUAAAAUGUGCAGUGAUAAAAUUUGCUGUAAUAAGUUAUUAAUUAAAAGAACAUGAGGUAAUGAGCAGAAAAUCAGAAGUAAUAAUUCGUCUUUACACUUGACAACAGUAUUAAUCAAAACAUUUUGAAUGAGAAUAAUUUGAAAAUUAUCUAACGUCCGCACUAAUGAACAAAUUCUCUCACCAGAAAUCAUUUUAUAUGAGCUUGGAAAAUGGAGUGAAUGACACUUAACCUUUUGUAAUUUGUGAAUAAUCUCCAGAAUUCUAUACGAUUGAAUGUUCCCGCACAUUGCAGGAAAUGCCCUUUUAGAAAGCCUAGAUUCGAAAUUGAUUUUCUGUGGGUAUCCGCCCCUGGAAAUCGGUCCAGAGAUUUGUCACGCCUAAGCCAUAUUUCAUUUGCCAAAGCAAAAAUAUUUCUUUUCUACAAGCAUGUGAUUGUGAAACUAUGCUGUCAUAGAUGAUCGUAACUGCAGGUUCUGUUAAGGCCGCCCAGAGUGGUGGCAGUGAAAUAUACGUAAAUAUAGGAAACUGUCAAUUCUAGACUUUCAGAAUGCAGAAUUUGGCCAUUUCUGGGAUCUGAGAUUUCAAAAUUUUCCCGGGGAGAAUGCCCCCGGAUCCCUCUAGUCAUAGUGUUAGAAGAUGGAAUCACAAGCGGCCCCUACUCAAAUUUUGCCCUAGGCCCCCAAAUUAAUUUCCCUAGGCGACCCUGCAUGGGUGCUGUGCAGUGUAUGUUGGUCUUGGCAUUUUUUAAUAAUCAAUUGUAGUCUGUUUUGUGGUUACACGUUUUUAUAAGGAUGUGUUUAGAUAUUUUCAGGGCGUGUUUCUGCUCGGCUAAACUUUGCACAAAAAUGUGCAGUGAUAAAAAAUUAUUAAAAUUAGGUAUGAGCGAUAGUAACUUUUCCCACACUCUUUCCAGAUAACUAAACUGUGACUGAACAAGUUUAUAAUUUACAGUUUACGCAUAUCAUAGGAGCAUACAGAUGUGGCUAUAUAGUUGUUUUGCAGAUCCUGCACUUUCCUGUACCAUUCAAUAUAGGAGUUGAGAUUUCCAUCCGUCAAACAUGUAAUAAUUAUAAUUACUUUUCGCAUAGACCUUAUGCAUAAUUACGUUGUCUUUUGGAGGCUGCUCAAGCCAAUAAAGAUCCUAUAGUUCUUUUUAGAACUCUUGCGCUGGUAUCCAGAUAGGUUUUACAGAGUAAAAGUAACGGCAAUUACAGUCCGCUUUUGUCGACCAGUACGAGAACAAGUGGCGCCGGUUUUACGUAUUGUGUUUCUGGUUGUUUUACCAACAAUAAAAGAAAUCCCGAACUAAAUUCUGUUAUACUGUACAGUAUAUAAAGGAGUUAUGUUUGGUGCAUUUAUUGUUGGUCGAUAAUUUGUUCUUGUAGGCUUUGGAACAUUCGAACAUGGCAGCUGGUUAA